UAAAUACUCCCUCCUUCCCACUUGUUCUCGGCCUGUCGUCGUUCGUCUGGGCUUUACUACAAAUCUAGAAAGAGAAAAGUACUAUAUACCAUGAGCGGAAGCAUCGAUGUCGAGGCAUGCGCUGCAGACCCGUUAGUACAGGGCGCUGUUCUGAGCGAUCCCACAGUUCAAGCCGGUAUCACGCAGAAGUGCAUGGCUCAAAUCGGACUGGUAGUUCAAACCGCAACAGAUAGAUGUACCGCCACAGUCAACGACAUGUCAACGACAUACGGCAGCACUAGCAUCUUAAUUGGCUUCACCCUGCCGUUGAUUUACUUAGGGCUUUCCGUUUCCAUCUGGAGGAUGUGGACAAAACCCUCGCUCCGAGGGGGUCUGCUACUCUUCGCGAUGGUUCUGACGGUGGUCGACUCGGGGACGUUAAUUGCAGGAAAGUGAGUAGUAAAUGGUUUCUGCAUCUCACCAUAGAUACGAGCGCGGCCGCCAACUUUGCCUUGUAGAAUCCAUGCCCCGACGUGGCUCAUGGAGCCAUACAAUUAUAGGAGCUAUGUGUUCAUGCUUCUAACUGUCCCGGCCAUUCGUAAUAGUGUGAUCGUCACCGCCGCAAGCCUCCGCUAUGCGGUGGUCUACACGAAC